GGAAGAGGAGGAGGAGUCCCCGCGUGAGUCCCGAAGCUCGCGCUCAGAACCACCGAGGAGUCAAUACGCACCGGCCGCCACACAGUCCCGGGCCGAGGCUGUCGGAACUUACCUUCAUAGCGAGCGUGGAAAAGUUGUUUUGUCGAAUCUUCCCUACCUACCGAGGCAGUGCUGUCUGUGGAAUGGUUCACAUUUCUUCUGGGCGCUGCCACAACUUUGACUGCAGGUUUAUGUCCGCUGUUUAAGGAGGCUUCCACGACUUCACUUGCCACCAUGGUGAUCAUGUCUGAGAACAGUCGGGGGCCUCAGCCCAGCCCUGCCCAGGGAAGACCCCUGCAAGUGGGCUUCUAUGAGAUCAUCCGCACCUUGGGGAAGGGGAACUUCGCUGUAGUCAAACUGGCCAAACACAAAGUCACUAAAACGCAGGUGGCCAUCAAGAUUAUUGACAAGACAAGACUGAAUCCUUCUAAUCUGGAGAAGAUCUACCGAGAAGUUCAGAUAAUGAAGCUGCUGAACCAUCCUCACAUCAUCAAACUCUACCAGGUCAUGGAGACCAAAGACAUGUUGUACAUCGUGACGGAGUACGCAAAGAACGGAGAAAUGUUCGAUCACCUGACCUCAAACGGGCGUAUGAGUGAGGAUGAGGCACGGAAGAAGUUCUGGCAGAUCCUGACAGCGGUGGACUACUGCCAUCGUCACCACAUCGUUCAUCGUGACCUAAAAACGGAGAAUCUGCUGCUGGAUGCAAACAUGAAUAUCAAGCUCGCAGACUUUGGAUUUGGUAAUUUCUACAACGCCGGUGAGCCAUUGUCUACGUGGUGUGGAAGCCCACCCUACGCUGCCCCGGAAGUGUUCGAAGGAAAAGAGUACGAGGGUCCGCAGCUGGAUAUUUGGAGUCUUGGUGUGGUGCUUUACGUCCUGGUCUGUGGGUCUCUGCCGUUUGACGGUCCCAGUCUUCCGGCGCUCAAACAGCGAGUGACAGAGGGGCGUUUCCGCAUCCCCUUCUUCAUGUCACAAGACUGUGAAAACUUAAUCCGUAAAAUGCUGGUGGUGGAUCCUGCAAAGAGGAUCAGCGUGGCCCAGAUCAAGCAGCACCGCUGGAUGUUGGCAGACCCGACCGCCGCUCACCAGACCCUCAGCCACUCGCUGACCGAGUACAACUCAAACCUGGGGGACUACAGUGAACCUGUGCUGAGCAUCAUGAACACGCUGGGCAUCGAUCGUCAGAGGACCAUCGAGUCUCUGCAGAGCAGCAGCUACAACCACUUCUCCGCCAUCUACUACCUGCUGCUGGAGAGGGUGAAGGAGCACCGGAACCAGCAGCUCGGCCGUCAGUGUGGCUCCUGGAAUCAAAGAUCCAGAAGCAUUUCAGACACGCCAGAGGUGACCAUCAAGUCCACCGAGAGCUUUCGAACCACAGCAUUUUCCCUUCCCGCCAAAACAUCUCCUCCAGCGGUUCCUGAGAUGGAGUGUGAUCAAGGAGGAUUAUUCCAGCGUGUGGUGUUUCCCGUGGAAGCAAGCUUCAACCGACUGCUCUGGAAUCGCUCCAUCUCCCCCAACAGUCUGCUGGAGACCAGCAUCAGUGAGGAGGUGCGACCCAGAGACCUGGAGGAAGAGGAGGCAACACAAAGUCUGGGGCCCCUCCUCCCUCCUGCCACCACCUCCCGCAGACACACUCUGGCUGAGGUGUCCGCUCGACUGCACCUUUGCAACCCCCCAUGCAUCGUGGUCAGUCCCUCAGACGGCGCCUCCUCUGACAGCUGUCUGAAGUCCUCAUCCAGUCCGGCUCCCAGUGUGCAGGCUGCGAUGGGCGACGCAUCAACACUUGUGGCCUCAGGGAACAAAGGUGGGAGCUUGUUUCCCGCCGGGGCGCCCCUGAACCUGUCAUCGCACCUUCUUCCUCAAGUUCAGGGAAGCCUUCCUCCUGCCAGCUUCCAAGAAGGUCGCAGAGCCUCUGACACUUCACUAACUCAAGGCCUCAAAGCUUUCCGGCAACAGCUGAGGAAAAACACACGCACCAAAGGGCUUCUGGGUUUAAACAAGAUCAAGGGGCUGACCAGGCAGGUCGUCCCUCCGUCAUCCUGUAACCGUGGCAGCCGGGGGUCACUGGGUCCGACCAUUUCUGAGCGCCGCAGUAUGUUGGAGGAGGUUUUACACCAGCAGCGGAUGCUCCAAAUCCAACACCAGCCCCAAGUCCCCGCCCCCCAGCCUACCCAGAAUCCACUGCUCUUUCUGUCACAGCCUCCAUCAACGUCUCCACCAGCUCCAACCCCGUUCGCUCCGGCCCCCCGGUUCGACACUCCCGCCGUCCUGCUGAACAAACCUCAGCCGAAUCUACCGCAAAAUACCUGGCCACCAACCCUGGAAACCUCCUCCUCCUCCGACCGCUCCUCGUCCACCUGCUACUCCUCCACCAUGUCUCCCGUGGCCUCUGCUGCCUACCUCCUGGAGGCUCACCUGCACAUCAGCCAGCAGCCUCAACUGCAUCCAAGCGGCGUCCAGCAGCAGCCGCAGACCGCAUUCCCUUUCAUGUGGAGCAUGAGCUCUGCGUCCAGCGCAGACCCAGACGUGCAGGAUUUGGGACUGGUGGCUCAGCAGCAGCUCAGUAGCUGCGUGAUGGUGAAAUAAAGAAGACUCAGAGCAAUAUGUCCAAACUUUGAGCCGAUAAAGAGGCAGGUGGGACGACAAAGACUUUCGCACGAUCCAAUAAGUCUCCUCACAUGCUGGCGAUAUCAUAUAAGCUAAAACUGAGCAAUAACCAAACAGAAGCAAUAACAAACUGCACCGGCUCGGCACCAGGACCCUCCACUUGAAAAGAGCUGAUCUCAGCCGAAAAAAAAUGUCCUGAACUUAUAGGAAGGCAUUCUCUUUGUAGUCUCUUCUAAUUCCUGUGGUGUCUGGAAAGAGGACCAACAGUUCUUCAAAAACUUCUGCGCCUUUUCCGAGAGACACUAGACGUUUCUGUCUAAACUGUGAUUUUUCAUUUCUGUGCAGAUUUAUAGCGCUGCUUUUACCUCAGAAAUACUGCCACAUCAGCCAUAAAGUUAGAAGGACACUGCUGCCGUUUCAAUGUAGGACAAAUCUUAUUGGUACCAUUCGGUGCUUCACCACAGUUUCUCGCUCCAGAUGCUUUACGUGACCCUCUUUAACACUGAAGUAAAUAAUCUGACUCUUCAUUGGAAUUGGAGAGAGGUUUGACUGAAGUGAAACAGCUCUGUUGUGGUUCUGUCACGGAGCAAAAGCACAAUCAGUCAGAGCUCUCUCCUUGAAAAUGGCGGGUUCCUCCUCAGGCAAAUUUUGGAAGAUCCACAAACCAGUUUCAAAUCGAAAACAAACUGGGAUCAGUGCAAUACUUGAAGCAGAGGAAAGAUAAAAGGCUACAUAGGAUGGUUGAAGUUGUCCCGAGGCUUUUUGGUAUCACAGCUCCCUCGGGUACUGUUGCUUCCCAGCUGAUAAGAAAAGGUACUAUUGAUGUAUUCCGGUCACAUGACACUGUAGAGAACGGUGUUCCUAUUGCUGCUUCUCCUUCAUGAGUCUGAAUUGGGUUUGACCAAAGAGUGAAGGACAGUGCUUCGUAACAGAUACACUACUGACAAGCAGAUGUAGCACAGUGGUUAGCCAACAUUUCCCCUUAGCGUUUGCUGUGAGAAAACAACAAUUGCGCUGCUACCAAACCCUGAAGUGACGCGUCUCCGGUUUCUGCUCAAAGCAGCGAUGUUCAUUUUGUACUUUCUUAAAAAAAUGAAAAGAAAAGAAAAGAAAAAAAAUAAGCUGAGGCUAGAGACGCCAUGUUGUGCUGGAAUACGCGUAGAGAUGAUGUUUAUGUGACGUUUUCACACAUGCAACGCUGAAAGUGUCGACGUUCCUAGUUGUUAGCGCUCACUAGCAACACUUUGUGCCUUUUAUAUGAACAAACCGGCAAACAGGGGUCCGCACCUCUGCGCUUGUACACUAAAGAAACACAGGGGGCGCUCUUUUAAUACCCUCCUUGACCUUGCUGUAUAAAUGAAAAGCAAAGAUUGCACUUUAUUCAUAUUUCUAAUUGCUGAAAUGUUUUGUUGUCACAGACAGUUUAAACACUACGGCUGUUGAUGCAAAUCUCUGAGUCGACCCUUUUUUGUUCCGAAACGGGGUAACAGAAAGUAUUUCUUUUGUUUCGGGGUGUGCAUGCGUGUGUGCCUUUGUGUGUGAGUGUGUGUGAGAGAGGAGAAUGUGAGAAUGUUCAAGCAAGAGUGUUUAUUUAUGUGGCUAUUUAUUAAUUAAAGAUCACUUCCUAAAACAAUCAGCGUUGUGUUUUCUUGCGAAGAUGCUGACUGAUACACAGUUUUAGUUAUCAGGUUUUAACAGAAGAGAUUUUGCACCUGAAUUAACAAAUAACCGAAUCAUGAAAUAAAAUAUUUUGGCAAAUAAAUUCAGAUUUAAGGA